UCGUCCUUGAGAAGAGGCUCGAUUGCUUCUCAGGAUACUGCUCACAUUGAUGAAAAUACAACUGAAAUGUUUGAUGGUGCUGCUUCAGAAAUUAUCCCAUCUUCAAUAACUUCUUUCCAUCAUUUCCACCAUUUUGGUAGAAGAGAGCUAUCACCUUCUUCAAUUCCAAGUUCUGCAGCUAGUUCAAUACGACGUGGAAGAUUACCUUCAAUUCAAUCAUCUUCAAAUGUUAUCAGUGAAAAUGUUUCCCUGAAUAGAUUUCGUUCAGGUUCUAAUUCAAGAUCAAGAUCUCAAUCGAUUGAUAGUCGCUCACAAUUUAAAUUUUUUGACCCAGAAGAUAUUGAAACUGCCCAUGGUGCUUCCACUUUAGAUGAUCCUGAUGAUCCUAUUGAUUACGAUACAAAUUGGAAUUCUGCACCAAUUUAUGAAGAUUUCAGAAGACAAAGUUUCUCCACUAAUGCUUCAAUGCAAGAUUAUGGUUCAAUGGAUCGUCAAACAAGGACUUCAUCAUCACCUUCUGCUUAUUCUGCAAACACUUAUAGAGAUCGUAUUCCAAGUGAUGUUUCAAAUCGUCCAUUAUUAGAUGAUGCUGAAGAGAGUGAUAAUGAUGAUGAUUCUGUAUUAGACGUUGCUCAAUCAAAUAAUAACCAAAAUACAAAUAACGCUUAUCCAGAGCUAAGUUCCGAUCUUCAUGAUCAUUAUUAUCCAUCACAUCCUGCUAAAUUACAUUUCCAAAGAUUUUAUAUUGCUGAAGAAGAUUUAGUGUUGGGUAUUGCAGGUUAUAAAACUUCCAAAUUAAGACUCUAUUUAUAUUACUUCAUUUCCACAAUCACUUUUGGUUUAUUUUAUCUACUACUCAGAUGGUUACCUAAAUAUAAAUUUUCAAUUUAUGGUGAAAAAGUGGCAUUGGGGAAAGCUGAAUGGGUUGUUGCUGAAACUGAACAUGGUGAAUUAACUAUAAUUGAUGUUAAUAGACAAUGGUACAAUCGUUCAUUAUCAACGGUUAUGAAUGUUCCUCAUUUAGAUGAAAUUUCAAGAACAAACACUUCAAGUUCUAAUAGUGAACAUGCUAAUCAACCACACAUUGACGUUAACCCAAUUAUCCCAAUUUUAAUAUCUUUUGAAUAUAGAUAUUUGAAUUUCUAUUAUUCUCCAGUUGAAGACAUUUUCAAAACAAACACUAAUUGGGUUGAUUUUGAUUGGUUACAUCAUGUUAAAAGUGGGUUAACAAAAGAUUCAUAUGAAGAUAGAGCAUUGGUUUUCAAAGAAAAUACUUUAGAAUUGAAAGAGAAAACAAAUUCUCAAUUAUUAGUUGAUGAAGUCUUACACCCAUUUUAUAUGUUUCAAGUAUUUUCAAUUAUCUUGUGGGCUUUUGAUGAAUAUUAUUACUAUGCUGCUUGUAUUUUCCUAAUUUCAAUUUUUUCAAUAAUCAAUACUUUAGUGGAGACAAAAUCUACAAUGGCCAGACUACGUGAACUUUCCAAAUUUGAAUGUAAAGUUAGAGUUUGGAGAAAUGAUUAUUGGAAAGAAACUGAUGCAGCUGAUUUAGUUCCUGGUGAUGUUUAUGAAGUUUCUGAUCCUUCAUUGAGCGUUUUCCCAUGUGAUUCUGUUCUUUUAUCUGGUGAUUGUAUUGUUAAUGAAUCUAUGCUUACUGGUGAAUCUGUCCCUGUUUCAAAAUUACCAGCCUCGCAUGACACAUUGGAUGCUUUAGUUAAAGAUUCAUUAAAAUCACAAAUUUCACCAUUAUUAGCUAAAUCAUAUCUAUUCAAUGGUACCAAGAUUAUUAGAGUUAGACAUAGUGCAGGUGACCCAGCAAUGGCUUUAGUUGUUCGUACUGGGUUUGCUACUACAAAAGGUGCGUUAUUAAGAUCAAUGUUAUUCCCUAAACCUGUGGGUUUUAAAUUUUAUGAGGAUUCUUUUAAAUAUAUUGGAUUUAUGACUAUUAUUGCUUGCUUUGGAUUCAUCUUUAGUACAAUAAAUUUCAUUAAACUUGGUUUAGGUCCAAGAAUCAUCAUAUUAAGGGCACUUGAUAUCAUAACUAUUGUUGUUCCACCUGCAUUACCUGCCACGUUAACCAUUGGUACAAGUUUUGCAUUAUCAAGAUUGAAAAAAAAAGACAUUUUUUGUAUCUCUCCAACUAGAGUUAAUGUCGGUGGUAAACUGGAUAUCUUGUGCUUUGAUAAAACUGGUACAUUGACCGAAGAUGGAUUGGACGUUUAUGGGGUUCAUGCAUCUGGUGAUCAUUUUGAAGAAAGAUUGACAGAUAUCAAAUCAAUAAGCGCAAGCCAUAGUGAUUUGUUGAAAGCUUUAGUUGCAUGUCAUUCCCUAAGAGUUGUUGAUGAUGAAUUGAUUGGUGAUCCAUUGGAUUACAAAAUGUUUAAGUUUACUGAUUGGGAAUAUGAAGAAGAAUUUAAAGGUUUCACUUCAACUAACGAAGAAAGAUUUGAUGAGUCUCAAUUACCGGAAAAUACAGGUAUCACACCAGCUGUUGUUUAUCCAAAGAAUCAAAAGAAUGAAUUAUUAGGUAUUUUGAGAAGUUUUGAAUUUGUUUCACACUUAAGAAGAAUGAGUGUUAUCAUCAAGUCAAAUGAUCAAUUCUCAGUCUUGACAAAAGGUGCACCUGAAGUUAUCAAGGAAAUUUGUAAUCCAAAGUCAUUCCCCCCAAAUUUUGAAGAAUUGUUGUAUCAUUAUACACAUAAUGGGUACAGAGUUAUUGCAUGUGCUGGUAAGAAGUUGAAAAAAAACACUUGGUUGUAUUCUCAAAAAAUUACAAGAGAGGAUGCUGAAAGUGGAUUGGACUUUUUAGGUUUUAUUGUUUUCGAAAAUAGAUUAAAACCAUCAACUACUGGUGUUUUGAAACAACUAUCUGAUGCUAAUUUAAGAACUGUUAUGUGUACUGGUGAUAAUUUAUUAACUGCUGUUAGUGUUGCUAGAGAAUGUGGAUUAGUUAAAGAAGAUUUAACAUUUAUUCCAACAUUUACUGAAAAUGAUGGCUUGGUUUGGAGAGAGAUUGACGAUGAGAAAUUAUCAUUAGAUUCUGGUAGUCUUGACCUUUAUGGUUCAAAUAAGAGCUAUGGACUUGCAGUUUCAGGUGAUGUUUUCAGACAUUUGUUAAAGAAUGAUAUUAAUUUGUUUUCAGAUGAAUACAUUACAAAAGUUUUAUUAAAAGCUAAUGUUUUCGCAAGAAUGUCACCUGAUGAAAAACAUGAAUUAGUUGAACAAUUUCAAGACUUGGAUUAUACGGUUGGGUUUUGUGGUGAUGGGGCUAAUGAUUGUGGUGCUUUAAAAGCUGCUGAUGUUGGUAUUUCAUUAUCAGAAGCUGAAGCUUCGGUUGCUGCUCCAUUCACCUCUAGAUUAUUUGAAAUCGGUUGUGUUUUAGAUGUUAUUAGAGAAGGUAGAGCUUCAUUGGUAACGAGUUUUAGUUGUUUUCAGUAUAUGUCGCUUUAUUCAGCUAUUCAAUUCAUUACAAUUACGAUUUUAUACAAGAGAGGUUCUAAUUUGGGUGAUUUCCAAUUCUUAUGGAUUGAUUUGUUUUUAAUUUUACCAAUUGCCAUUUUCAUGUCAUGGUCUAAUGCUUAUCAUAAAGUUGUUGCUAAAAGACCAAGUGCCAAUUUGGUUUCACCAAAAUUAUUGAUUCCAUUGGUUGUUAAUAUUUUGUUAUUGUUGUUCUUUCAAGUUUUGAUUUGGUUGUAUGUUCAAACAAGAGCUUGGUACAUUAAACCUGUUCCAGGUGGUGAUGAUGCAGUUCAAUCAUCUGAUAAUACUGUCUUAUUCUUUUACUCUAAUUUCCAAUACAUUUUGUGUGCUAUUAUCUUGACUGUUGGCCCACCAUAUAGAGAACCAGUGAAUAAGAAUAAACCAUUCAUUGCAAAUGUUGUUGUUGCAGUGGUUCUCAGUAUUGGAUUGAUGAACAUUUCCGCUGAUUCAUUCUUGGGAAAUUUGUUUCAAUUAACAGAAAUUACAUUUGGCUUUAAAGUGCUAAUAGUUGUAUGGUCAGUGAUAAAUUUGGCAGCCAAUAAUUACAUUCCACAACAAUUUAAAGGAUUAUUGAAGAAGAAGGAAAGUCAUAAGAAGUACAAGAGAAUAUUCAAAGCACAUAAAGUUACU